AUGGUCAACGCCGUAGCGACUGGCAAGAUGGCUCCUCAGCAGGGCGUACAACCCGCGGUCCUAUACAAGCUCAUCUUGUUCGCGAUCCUCAUGGCCGUCGUACCUAUCGGCACCUACUUCGGCUCUUUAAACUACAUGUGGAACGGGUCUACCACCUACUCCGCCAUCUCAGCGGUUGUCACCGCCAACAUCGUCCUCGUCGGAUACGUCGUGGUUGCUUUCGAGGAAGAAGCGGCAUACAAUACCACACCAGCUCCUCCGCUGUUACGGAAGAAGGAGCAGUGA